GUAACCCGCAACGUUGCAAAGGCGUGUCCCGACCAGGUUUAACGUUCCAAUGGGCGUGGUCACGCUCCCAGUAUUGUCAGACUUGAGGUGACGUGCACUUGAGCCAGACGUACGACUGUCUGUUUGUAGCAGGGUAGUUAUUUACAUUUGUGUGUUUUUUUAUACUUUGUAAACAAAAUGGAAAUGAACACGUGUAACAUCCAGGUCCUGUUGCAAGCAGCGGAAUAUCUUGAGAGGAGAGAGCGAGAAGCAGAGCACGGUUAUGCAUCUGCAUCGCCGUUUUACAGUAAGAGUGCCGCGGAUCAGCGAAGCAAGCAGAAAUCCAGGAAGAACCCGCAGAGCAUCAGGACGGUGCACAAUGAGCUGGAGAAACACAGACGAGCCCAGCUCCGCCGCUGCCUGGAGCAGCUGAAACAGCAGGUCCCUCUGAGUGCAGAGUCCUCGAGAAACACGACCCUGAACCUGCUGCGCCGGGCGCGCCUGCACAUCAAGAAGCUGCAAGAGCAGGACAAGCGCGCUGAACGUAUGAAGGACCGUCUGCGCUGGGAGCAGAGUGGGCUGCGUGGGAGACUGGAACAGCUGCUAGGGGGGACAGAGAGAACGAGGAAUGACAGCCUGGGAUCAGCACUGUCCUCGGAGAGGUCCGACUCCGACCAAGAGGACGUGGAGAUUGAUGUGGAGAGCACAGUGUUCGUGUGUGUGGAGACGGAGGGCCUGGGAGAUACACAGGGGGAAGGAGAUCACAGCUACUCCAGCCCAGGACUGGUCUGGCUAUGACACCAGCACCAUCUGCUGGUCAGAAGGGAAAAAAAAAAAAAAAAAAAAAAGUAAUAA